AUGUCCUGGAAACAGAACCUUUUAUAUUUCCCGCGAAAUCACCGGUACCAUAAAGUGUUUCUUUGGCUUAUGGCCGUUGAACUGCCGUUCACCAUUGUGAUCUUAACACUUACUGGAAUUGCAUCACAUGAUUUAUAUCGGACUCGACUCUGGCAGGAUGGCGCAGACAACGGCUUCAACAGUGCCCCGGAUGAGAUCCUAUACGCCAUGGCCAACUACCGACCAUACAAAGUGCCUAAAGUUUGGAGCUCAUUUACGGACGACUAUAACCUAGCCCUUGGCGUCCUGAGCACCUUCUUCUUGAUCACCAAAGUUCCCUUGCAUUUCCUCCGCCUCUUCUACCCUCCUGUGGCAGCUUUCGUCCAUGCGGGAUUGUUAGCCGUCUAUAUCGCCUCGGCCUCGUUUCAAGCAGGCAGUGACACGUCCGACUCGAAACAUCCACAGAAUGGCGCACCAUGGUACAUCGCGAAAAGCUGCGGUGUUGCCGCGCACCCGAACAAUAUCCAAUACUGCAAGCAGGCGAAGGCACUGUUUGCGAUAACCAUCAUUGUCAUUAUCCUCUACUUCGUCGAGCUCGUCCUAAGCUUUCAUAGCUGCGUCCCCACAAAGGAAGAAAUCGAAAAGCGCCGCGAACGUCAAGAGGAAAAGAGAACCAUGAAGGAGUACGAGGAGGAAAUCCUCAAGUCUCCCGUCAUGAUUCCGAUGACGCCUGGGCCCAACACCAGCGGGUUACCGCCCAUGACACCGCACAACUUCGUCUUCACCCCGAUGAGCAACGGACCGUCUGACCUGCCGUUCCGGAACCAGCCUUGUUCGCGCGCUUCGACGCACCAGGAAUCGGCGGAAACCCUGACAUCAGGGCCACAGUUCUUCCCGCCUCCUCCCAAGGCAGUGACUAAGUGA